UUUUUUUUUUACACAAUGAACACACACACACACACAAAUAAAAAAAAAUGUUGACGAAAUUUUGCUGAACUAAGAGGACGGGACUUUCUUUCCGGAGGUGCAGUCGGGGACAGCGGGGCUUGGGUUGCCGGCUGGACGGGCAUGUGGGUUAAUAGUUUUGCAAUUAGCAGCCGCACACUGUCGCCGCGAAGCACCGUGAACGCGGGCGGAGGACUGCCUUAAGACGCCCCCCAGUGAUACCCUUUUUGUGACACUAAAUAAAUUCUCAACUUUCCACCCCAAUACACGUAUGGAGAGAGACUAGUUCCAAUUCAAAACAUGGAAAAUGACAAAAUAAUUAGCAAAUUCAGUGCAGCAGGCCUCAUGGAAAGAUAUCAAAAUUAAUCUACUAAAUUUGGCUUUUUUUUUUUUUUUACUUCCCCUGCCAUCUGUCAGCUGUUCUACGAAGCUUCGAGAUACACACGGGCUGAUACGUCCGAAGGAUAGUUGCAUUGAUAUUGCAGACUCUUGAUGAGCUGUACUCGUGUGAUGGACAAGCGCAAAUCAUCUUCUGCGCUGAAAGGGUUAAUCAAUGCCUCUUUUGAUGUUUAGUGAUCAUAAAAAUGCAUUUAAUAAAUCACUAUACUUUUAUUAUUGAAUAUGUGGCUUACACGACUUACUCUUUUUGUGCAUCGUGACGUUGCCCUGGAAAAUAGAGCAUACCUGAACAACCGAUUAUGCGGUGGUCUUCGUGCAGCAAUAAGCAAAAAUUCUGAGCAGCAAAUAUCCUUCCUGCGUUCAUCAGCAGUUGAUGAUAGAGUUUCAGUAAAAAUCUCACAACUUAAUUUCUUGUUUUUUUCUAAAACAGAAAGUAAGGAGGAUAUGAUUCAGAACCUCCUGAAGUCAAGAGGCACAGCUCUUCCUGUGAUCUUUGAGGACCCAAAGACUGCCAUUCAGGCAACUCACGCAAUAUCAAGGAAGGAAAAGGCACUUGCCCAGAAGGUUGCGAGAAAAAAAGAAAUGAAGGCGAUUCUGGGAAAGAGAAGACAGGUGGCACUGAGUGAGACGAGUGAUGAUGACGACGAAGAGCUUGUGCCUCGAAAGCUGCUGACGAUUGAGAAGCAGGCGAAUGCUGAGCUUGAGAAGGAGCUGGAAAGGGUACGAGGAGAACUAGCGGCUUCAAGGAAGGAGUUGGAAGAAGAGCGGAAAUUAAGAACAGCCCUUUCUUGGACGCUUCUUUCGAAGUUUGACGAUGAUGGACUCCACAUCGCCAAGGCACGCCCACCACAACAGGCAAAUGUCAGCACGCUGGGGGCUCUACCCAACAUUAGCACGCCUCUCGCUGGAAAAAAGACUGCGACCCACAAACCACAAGGUGUGGCAGCUACAAGUGGCAGCCAGCUUGGGGCUCGCCCCAGUAUCAGCACGCCUCCCAGUGCUGGAAAGAAGACUGCAACCUACAAACCACAAAAGGCGGCAGCUGCGAGUGACGGCCAGCUUUGGGCUCGACCCAGCGUCAGUAUGCCCCCCAGUGCUGGAAGAAAGACCUCGUCCCACAAACCACAAGGGGCGGCAGUUACAAGUAACGGCCAGCUCGGGGCUCGACCCAGCGUCAGCACCCCCCCCAGUGCUGGAGAGAAGACUGCGGCCCACAAACCACAAGGGGCGGCAGCCACAAGUGACGGCCAGCUUUGGGCUCGACCCAGCGUCAGCACACCCCCCAGUGCUGGAAGAAAGACCUUGGCCCACAAACCACAAGGGGCGGCAGCUACAAGUGACGGCCAGCUGGGGGCUCGACCCAGCGUCAGCACGCCCCCCAGCGCUGGAAAGAAGACUGCUGCCCACAAACCACAAGGGGCGGCAGCUACAAGUGGAAGCCAGCUCGGUCAGCCGAGUCCUGGGGUUCCGGAGCAAGUCAUGGGCCCACCUAUUGAAGCCUUGCAUUCUGUGCACACAGCAGAAAACCAUGCUGGGGACCGUGGCAAGGACCAGGACAAACAUAUUGAGGCGGACCUCGGGGAGGAUCUUGUUGAGUGCGCUGACUGGGACAUUGAUUGGGACAUUGAUGAAGAUGUUGGAGGCGACGUCGGAGGCCACUUCGCAGAGGACGGCGGAGAUGGAAACGACAUUGAUGAAAACAUUAGAGGUGGCGCCGCAGAUGGAGACGCCGUCGGCGAGAACGACAGCUCUUCUGUUCCACUUUUCCAAGUGCAGGAAGGACAAAUUCAUGUGGGGUCAAAUAUCUUUCUACUGAAAAAAAAAUUUGAAUUCGUAUUUGAUGCAAAAACCGACUCGAUGUGCGUUAAGGACGCAGCAAGGACCAUCUGGUCUACAGCAGAGCUCCUCGAGCGCAGCGUCAGUGGGAAACCUUGUAAGAGGUACCUGAAACUGGGUGCCUUGGGCAAGAAGAGAAUGACCCCUGAGAAGAAAGGGGCUGUUUUGAAUAUGUACAGGAAGUACAUCCAGGACAAUCCCUCCGUGAAGGAGAUAGCCGUCCUGGCCGACCCAAAUCUCUCUCCCGACAAGAGAGUGGCUGCUGCCGCAGCGAUGAGGGAAGCUCGUCUCAAGAACAUGAACAAGUACAUUGCUGAAAUGUGUAACGACCAGCAGAAGAAGGACAAACUUGCCCGGGCACUUUUCGUGGAGGAGAGUGAGGAGCCCAUCAGUGGUGCUUCAACCUCGGGGAGCUAAGAGAAGAUUCAGUGUUCAGGUCAACGGUCAUGUGCUCAACUCUUUUUCCUGUUUUCUCUUUGUCUUGGGCUUGAAAUAAAACAGGUCUGUAUGUUU